AUGACAAAGAGAGAUAGAGACCCCGGUGACAAAGAGGAAGACGAUCUGGAAGAGGAAUACGAAGAUUUUGAUUUUGAAGACUUUGAAGAGGAGGAAUACGAAGAGCCAUCUGAUAUAUCGUUUGAAUCGGAUGGUGGCGAGCUAUUUGACACAGAAAAGUCCUCGAAUACUCCACAAUCAAAGAUCAAUGAUGACGCGGUGCAUGUCGGGUACAAUGGAACCGCUUUCCAUCCCUGGAGUAUGGACAACUUUAUUCAAACCCAUUUUCUCAACGCGUUGAAGAAGUUGCAAAGUUUCAAUUUGGAAGGAUGUUCGGAGAAUGAUUUGUUGGCUAUGUUGUACGUGAAAAAAUGGCAACUGGAUGAGGUUUUAGACGCGUAUUUUGGUGACAAGGACAAUUUGAUGAAACAAUGUGGUCUACCGUGCAAGUCCAACAAUACUUUUGAAAUUGUAAAGGAUUUCACGUGUUUUAUCUGUUGCGACACUUACGAAUUAACACAGGUUUAUUCAUUGACGUGUAAUCAUCAGUUCUGCAUUCAAUGCUAUUACCAAUACCUUAUGAACGAAGUGAAUAAUGGCCGUUUAAUAACGUGCAUGGAUCCAAGCUGUAAAUACACAAUACCGUUUCAAGAUGUUGCACAUAUUAUAGCCAUUAUCGAGGCUGAAAAGACAUUGAUCGUUGCAGAGAAGCCUCUUCGAGAAAAUCCAAUGUUGAUCACUGCAACAAGAGAGUGGGUUGACACUAGAAACAGUUUCAAAUGGUGUCCUGCCACUGACUGCACCAGUUUUACCGAAAUAGCUGAUGCAUCAACUAUAAAAAACAGUGCGGGACCCAUUGACUUGUCCUUGGUUCCAAUUGUUGGAUGUGCCGAGCAUCAUGAAUUUUGCUUUGAGUGCAAUUACGAAAACCACCUUCCAUGUCCUUGUUGGUUGGUCAAGGCGUGGGUUAAAAAAUGUGAGGACGAUUCUGAAACUGCCAAUUGGAUUGAUGCAAACACUCAUUCAUGCCCAAAGUGCCACACCUCCAUUGAAAAGAAUGGAGGCUGUAACCAUAUGACGUGCAGAAAAUGCAAGCACGAAUUUUGCUGGAUUUGUUUUGGUGAUUGGAGCAGCCACUCAAACAACUAUUCCUGUAAUAGGUUCAAGGAUAACACAAAGGAAGAUGAAAUUCGAAAGAAUAAGAGUAGGGCUACUUUAGAAAGAUAUUUACAUUUUUACAAACGGUAUGCAAUCCACGAAUCAUCGAUGAAAGGUGAUCAAAAAACAUUGAAAAAGAUUGAUGAUGUAACAAAACUAUACAUGGAGGAAUGCAGAAAAAAGGGUCAACAUAAUCUUUCUUGGAACGAUGUACAGUUUCUCCCUGACGCAAUGAGAGCUUUGCAAAAUGGAAGAAAAACUUUGAAGUGGACAUACUGUUUUGCAUUCUAUUUGGCUAAACUGAACUUCUCGCAGAUCUUUGAAACAAAUCAAGAUUUCUUGAACAAAACAGUUGAAGAUUUGUCAGAAGUAUUUGAGAAAAUUAUUGCCAUUGACAAGCCAGAUAAAGUGGAGACAAUUUUAGAAAAAAAGAAGGACAUAAUCAACCUUGCAGAGUUUGUUAACUUGAGAAGGAAAACUUUGGUCAAGAGUGCUGAGGAAAACUUGAAGGAUAAAUUACUUCGUCUUGAACCUAUAUAA